CGAUGGAAUCGGAGUGGUUUCAUUAUCAAACCAUUCAUUUUCCUCACUUUUUUCCUAAUCAAACAGCAUGUCUCACCGUAAAUACGAAUGUCCUCGUCAUGGACACAUGGGUUUCCUUCCUCGUAAGCGAUGCACUCACAACCGCGGUCAUGUGCGCAGCUUCCCCAAGGACAAGGCUGACCAGAAGCCUCAUCUUACCGCUUUCAUGGGAUACAAGGCCGGUAUGACUCACAUCGUGCGUGUCUUGGACCGUCCCGGAAGCAAGGCCCACAAGCAGGAGAUCGUGGAGGCUGUGACCAUUCUGGAAACUCCUCCCAUGGUCGUGGUGGGUAUUGUGGGAUAUGUGGAGACUCCUCGCGGUCUGCGCACCCUGACCACCGUGUUCGCUGAGCACUUGGAUGACUCUUGCAAGCGCCGCUUCUACAAGAACUGGUACAACAGCAAGAAGAAGGCCUUCACGAAGUACGCUGCCCGCAUGGCUACGGACGAGGGCAAGGAGGCCAUGGAGCAGAAGCUGAAGAAGAUCGUGGACUACUGCCAGGUGGUGCGUGUGCUGGCCCACACCCAGAUCCAAAAGCUGAAGAUCGGUCAGAAGAAGGCCCAUCUGAUGGAGAUUCAGGUGAACGGUGGCAACAUGGAGGAGAAGGUGGCGUUCGCGAAGAGCCUUCUGGAGAAGGAGGUGAAGGUGAGCGACGUGUUCGAGCCGAGCGAGAUGAUCGACACGAUCGGUGUGACGAAGGGUAAGGGCUUCGAGGGUGUGACCACCCGUUGGGGCACCACUCGUCUUCCUCGCAAGACGCAUCGUGGUCUGCGUAAGGUGGCUUGUAUCGGUGCCUGGCAUCCUUCGCGUGUGCACUUCACCGUGCCUCGUGCGGGUCAGAACGGAUACCAUCACCGCACCGAUGUGAACAAGAAGAUCUACCGCAUUGGAGCUGCGGGCGACGCCAAGUCCGCUUCCACGGAGGCCGAUCUGACGGAGAAGAGCAUCACUCCCAUGGGAGGCUUCCCUCACUACGGAGAGGUCAACAACGACUGGAUCAUGGUGAAGGGAGGUGUGAUGGGAUCCAAGAAGAGAGUCAUCACGCUCCGCAAGUCCCUCCGCACGCACACGCGCAGAUCCGACCAGGAGAACAUUGUCCUGUCCUUCAUCGAUACCUCCUCCAAGAUGGGUCACGGAAGAUUCCAGACCACCGCCGAGAAGGCCAAGUUCUAUGGAACCCUCAAGAACUAAGAGAGUCGAACGAUCGAUUGGGAAAUAA